AAUCGCUCGCCCAAGAUGGAGCCGCCCGAGCCAGGAGGCGGGACCCGACCGCAGCGGGGCGGGACGCGGAAGCUCGGCCGCCCCCGGGUUGCUGCCGGCCGGGCCGGUCUGGGCCGCGGAGCCACGAUGGGUCUUCUGCUGCUGCUCAUCUGCCUCGCCAUGCCGGCCACCAGUAGCGGAGAGCUGCGGGCCUUCGUGGUCGCCCACAGCCACAUGGACGUCGGCUGGGUGUACACCGUGCAGGAGAGUAUGCAUGCUUAUGCAGCAAAUGUCUACACAUCUGUUAUAGAAGAACUAAUGAAAGGUAAGCAGCGCAAAUUUAUUGCUGUGGAACAGGAAUUCUUUCGGCUUUGGUGGGAUGCAGUAGCCACGGAUACGCACAAGCAGCAGGUCCAUCAGUUACUUCAGGAAGGACGAUUGGAAUUUGUCAUUGGAGGGCAAGUGAUGCAUGAUGAAGCUGUGACACUAAUUGAUGAUCAGAUUUUACAGUUGACGGAGGGCCAUGGGUUUUUAUAUGAAACUUUUGGGAUCAGACCUCAGUUUUCUUGGCACGUUGAUCCUUUUGGAGCCUCAGCUACAACACCAACUCUUUUUGCUCUUGCUGGCUUUAAUGCUCAUCUUAUCUCUCGAAUUGACUAUGACCUGAAGGCUGACAUGCAGAAAAACAAGAAGCUUCAGUUUGUAUGGCGGGGUUCUCCUUCCUUAUCUGAAAGUCAGGAGAUCUUCACCCAUACUAUGGAUCAGUACAGCUACUGUACCCCAUCACAACUGCCUUUUUCAAACAGAUCAGGAUUUUAUUGGAAUGGAUUUGCGGUUUUUCCAGAUCCACCAAAAGAUGGUGUUUAUCCAAACAUGAGCCUCCCUGUUACAGAUACCAACAUCCACAUGUAUGCACAGGCCAUGGUGGCAAACAUUAAGGAGAGAGCAGCCUGGUUCCGAACAGAUGAUGUUUUGUGGCCAUGGGGUUGUGACAAACAGUUCUUUAAUGCAUCUGUUCAGUACUCCAACAUGGACCUAUUGUUGGACUAUAUUAACAAGCAUUCUGAUGAGUUUGGAGUGACUGUCCAGUAUGCAACUGUUGGAGAUUACUUCCAAGCAGUUUAUAGCAGAAAUCUUACAUGGGAAAUAAGGAAUUCUCAAGACUUUCUUCCAUAUUCAACAGGUAAUUAAGUUAACAACUGCAUG